AUGGCUUCCCCCGACCGCAUGUUUAUAACCUCGGUAUGGUUUGAAAGUAUGGUUUACGGUAUGCAUUCCUCUGUCUGCGUGCUUUUUGGUGCAUGUAUAUAUAUCUUGGCGAAUCGGGACAGAAAGUCGCAUAGGGUCCUUUUUGCAUCGUGUAUUUUCCACAUUUUAGUCUCAACGGCACACAACAUCAUCUCCCUUCUUCUAUCCUUGCAGGGGCUCACAACCCCUUCCAUAACAUCCAUCUCUAAUGGAAGCAGCUCGUACUUCGUCGCGCCAACAACAUUUAUGUUGACGAACUUGGCAUUGUUUGUCUCCAAUGUACUCGCUCAAGAUCUGCUGCUAAUCUGGAGGCUUUACGUUGUUUGGAACCACAAUUGGAAGUUUGUCAUUCCCUCGUUGAUUUUGGAAGUUGCACAUAUCACUUGUGCUAUUAUAGCCGUAUUUUUGAUAGCCCAGCCUAACGAGCACCUCUUCUCACAUAAUGUCCAAGCUUUUGGCAAAGCCAGUUGGUCGCUGGGUCUUUUUCUCAACAGCUGUGUCACAUUCGGAAUCGCGUAUCGUCUUUGGCUUGCGGGACGAGAAGUAUCUGAUUUGACUGGCCGCAAUGCCUACAAGGAUGCCAUGUUUACCGUCAUCGAAUCUGGUGCACUUAUAGCCAGCUGCACUUUUAUAAUGUUCGUUCUGGAUAUGACUGGCAGCCCAUCUGGUUUCAUGGCGUUCAAUGUUACUGUUCAAAUUGCUGUAGGCUCCUUAUGCUUAUCUUUUUCUCGUCUCACAUUGUCCUAG